AUGUCAAAAUACCAGGCAGUCGACCAGUCCGACUCAAAUAGUGAGCGCAUUGGCAUAUCUGAGGAAAACGGUGAGCACGGAAAUGAUCACGAACGCUUGCAUCGAGAAACACCUGAACCAGUCAGAGAAAACCGGGUGCCAGCUAAUGAUCGACUUUCCUCAUCUGACAUUGAAACGCAACCAUUAUUGGAUCCAGAUGAUCCAAUUGUAUCACCUUUGAACUUGGAUCGGAUCAAAUUACUCAAAUACAUCCAAUUAGUUUUAAUAUUUGUCAACCUAGUGUUAUUCUUUGUCUUGUUAUUCAGCGACUUUUUCCCCAUACCGGGAUUCAAUAAUAGAGGAAAAUCAUUUUUACAGAUUGACUUGGUAUUGAUAUGUUUAUUGAUUAAUGGAUUGAACCAUGUGUCGUUUGUCGUGCCCGCAUAUUAUGACCGUAUUGGUGGGUACAUUGUCCUGGGAUUGUUGAUCAUUGAUUUGAUUUUGGUUCUCGCCAUCCCGGAACCAAGAAAAGAGCAAGGAAUAUUGGGCAGUGUAUUGAUCUUGUGGACAGCUCUCACGUCAUUGCUUAAUUCGCUUAUUGAUUACUGGGUUGAGGAAGGCAAGCAUUAUCAGGAGAUUAGAUACACCGGAAGGAUCGAGAAGCGUAAAACUGUCCGCGAAUUACUUGUCAUUUUCAUCAAAACUGUGUUUGAGCUAUUCAUAUUGUGGGUCAUUUGGUGUGUUAGUUUGACUAUAUGGUUACAUUGCUUCGAUACGCAUGAGAAGCCAUGGGGUCAAUUGGUACCAGUGAAUAAUAACCAAUUUAGAGUGCAUUUGGCUUGCUUUGGAGACGUACACAACAAAGACUCCAAACAACCAAUUAUUUUAGUUGAAGGGGGUCAGAUGACUUCGAGCGAAGUGUUUCAAGAAUGGAUUGAAGAGUUGCAUCAUUUAGACAAAGUUGAGAGAUAUUGUAUUUGGGAUAGACCUGGGUACGGUUUUUCCGACUCAGCUCCUCCACCGCAAAGUAUAGGAAUAAUUGUUGAUUACUUAUCUGAAGCAUUGGAGUCUCAAGGAAUUGAAGGUCCAUUUGCAGUUGUUGGGUUUGACAUUGGUGGAUUAUACGCUCGAAUGUUUGCUAGUAGGCAUCGUGCUAAAAUCCACCUGGUCCUCUUUGUUGACGCUUGGCCGGCUGACUUGUUGAAGAAAUGGCCGUUUAGCGGAUCAGGAAAGAAGAACGAGUCAACCAAAGUGUUUAAACAUUCGUUGGAGGUAAUGGACAACAUCACCGGUAUCAAGUUAUGGUUGAAGGGUUUCAUUUCGCCGUUGGGUAUCAUCCCUAGUUUUCAUUGGUUCUUCCACCCAAUGAAGUUUUCGAGCAAGAGUCGCGUUUUUGGUAGGGACAUGUACUACCAGUCAAAAUACAUUCGUGCUAGAUGUCAGGAACAACUAGUAUCGGGCAUCUUGUCAUACAAUGAAAUUAGAGAAGCUGAUAUAAAUGAGUUGCAAGUUGGCGUCAUCUCGUCUGACUUUAUGAUUAAGAAAUCUUUAAAUUGGGGCAAAUGGCAACGUGAGUUGACCAAGUUGAGUUCGAGAACUGCUGAAUGGGUCAUUGCUGAAAACAGUGAUCAUUUUAUUUGGCGCAGUUCAAAGGGAAGAAAAGAGUUGCAGCAAUUGUUGUUGCGUUUGAUUGGUGAGCAAGAAUAUUAG